AUGAUUACCUUUAUGUCUGCCACCAUAAUCAACCCACAAUUGAUAUUUCCUGCAACGGGAGAAAACGGGCUUGAUGAAACGUUAUUUGAAUGA